GACAACCAAAGCAAAACAGUCGGUGCGCGACCAUCUUGUCAAAACUGGAGUCGGUGACAAAUAAAUAUUGUAAAAUGUCCUAAAUCGCACGUAAUGAGAUAACUUUUAGUUUGUAUUUGAUAAAGUAUUGUGUUUAUUUCAUUCUGGUGUUAUUUCCGAAGCGUUUAUUAUACAUUUCGCUCAUUAUUUCGGGUUUUCCUUGCGCCAAGUGACGUCAUGUAUGUGAUUAUACACGUAUCGCGGCGGACGAGUUUGUAACAAGAUGCGCGAGCAAGAGGGGGACGGCGAGCCGGCGCACCACGCGCGGAGGCCCAUGAACGCCUUCCUCAUCUUCUGCAAGCGACACCGCAGCGUCGUGCGCGACAAAUACCCCAAUCUUGAGAACAGGUCGAUAACAAAGAUACUCGGGGAGUGGUGGGCCAACUUGGAUAAGGAAGAGAAAGCUUGCUACACAGGUCUUGCGAAACAGUACAAAGACGCUUUCUUCAGUGCUAACCCUGACUUCAAAUGGUACAAGUUGCCUGCGCCGCCGCUGCGCACGCUCACGUCUCGACCGCGGGACCCUCACGAUAAGACGGUGGAAUCCCCUCAUUUCGAGUACCACGAGGAACUAGAGAAAACCAACAAUAACUCCACUGAAGUUGAUUUCAACAAACAAACCCAUCAAGUAUACGAGAAUGAACAGAAAUCACUCUCUAUGUUCACUCCCGGCAAACUCGCCGAUGAAGCUCACAUGGGAGGCCUCAGCAGCCUCCUCGCGACUAAGACUGACGACCAAACCCUGAACCCCUACUACUCUCCUCCGUCUUACAAGUUCAACUCGAUCUCAGGCCCUAUUGAAGAAAAACCCCGUAUAGACUUAAUCAAACCCAAAAGCUUUAACAAAGAGGAAAGCAUACGUGAACUGCAAAACGAGCUUUCGGAAACCACUAGAAUGUUUGAAGACUUCGACGAUGAUAAAGCGAGGCUGUACGGCCACGGAAUAAAAAACGAAUUUACAAACCAAGAUGUGAUCGACCAAAUAGUCGAUAAGAGGUUCUACAGUGAUGAAUAUGGAUAUCAGAAACAAUGGUCUGAUGAUGAAAAGAAUUCUGGGAACAAGUCCGGUAGGUCGUGUAAAGGUAAGAGGUACCAAGAGUUUAUGGCUGUUGGAGGACUGAUAGUUAAUAAACGCCCAAAGAGGGAAAACGCAGAUAAAUCUCCUGAUGAAGGAUUCAAUGCAUCGUGUAGUUGGGAGGCCGCGGCCCGCAGUGACACCGCCCAUAGCUCGUACAACGAGACGUCUCUGGAGAGCGAGACCAAUGUCGACACCGACGCUCACGAGCCAGACAAUAACGCCAACAAAACAUUCAAGGCAGCCGAUUUCGAUUUAGACGCUAAAAUUAAAGCUCUACCGUCUCUGAGCCUUGAGAAAUUCCAGCAGAAGAAACGCGAAAACAAACGCAAGAAGAAGACGAUACAUCUCAGGCCGAAGUUGUCCGAACCCAAACAUAAUAUAAUUAACUCUGCACCCCGGCCCUACUAUCCUCAGGAGCGCCGGGAAAUGGCGGAGCACUGGAGAGAAAACGUUAUCGGCAGCCAAAAGCGGAAACCGCGCAAAAUAAGCAUUACAAGGCUCGAAAUCAACAGUUUAAUCUCCAGCGUCAAUUUGAAUGAGGCGCACCAAAUUAGUCCAGAAAUAAAGUUCGCCACCGAGGCACCGCGCACUGUGGUCCAGAGCAUGGAGAUCGGCAAGCAGCCGCCCCACAGCAAUGUGGACCUUAUGGCGUUGGCUACUCUUGCGGAAGUCGCAUCGAACACCUCGAAAAUUGAAAAUACAUCGAUUAUGGAAAGCAUGACCCAUGCCGCGGUCCCCACUACCGACGAUCACGCUUCCAAGGUAUGAGAUACCAACACAACUAGCCUUAAACAUAUUCCAAAAAUAUUUACUUUUUAAUCAGAUAAUAUUUAUAUAUUAUAUAUAGAUCUACAUUUACAUUGUACGCAUAAAGAUUAAUUUUAUUGUACACUUUUAAUAGUAGUUUUUAUAAAAAUAGAUAUUAGAUUAUAUCUAUAUACAUAGUAUUAGAGAUGAGAAAAAUAUAUGUACACCUGUUUAGUUGAGUUCGUUGUGUGGUUGCUAAAUUAUGCUUUGUAAAAAGAUAUAUAAAAUUAAGAGAUAUAUAUAAAAAGAAGAAAAUAGGUGAUAGUUAGGUUUAUGAAUUAUCACAUUAAUAAAACAAGAGCAUAAUGUGUUUUAUGUAUUGUAUGUUGAAUCAUAUUAUAGACGACGUGGCAUGUUCUGUUAUCUGGCCGUUAAGGUCCGACUCACUAGUGUGUGUGCGUGUCACUGACACCUAGUGGGCAUGAGGCCUUACAUAAGGAACCAAUUUUAUAUGAAACAGAAUUGUUUCUUAUAAAAGAAGUGCACAGCUAUUCACUUACUGACUUAAGGUUUGGAACAUGUCAUAUCUUCAGCCAUGCAUCACAAUGGAUAUAAAAUAUGCCAAAAUAUAGAGUCAUCGUUGAACCUCAUUUGUGUAGGUAUAUUUCUUAGGUUAUUCUAAACGCCUUAAUAAUUUAGACGAAUGUUAAUAACUUAAUAAGAUAAAACACCAAAACUUUGCAUAGACUGCGUUGCAUUUUUAUGGUGAUUUUAUAAUAUAAAUGAAAAUAUAUAUAUACCUAAUUAUAUUAAUUUUUGCCACGAUAUUUUUAUCGUCAAGAAAAUGAAAUGGCGCAAUUGUCCGCUUUAAAAGAGCGUAAUACAACUUUACGAUACUCCAACUCUUGUUGGUGUUAUACAUUUGAAUUAGUGCAAUCAUUAGUGGUAUAUCGAAUAACCAGUAAAAUGUACUGUAACUAUUCUAUACAAUUGAAUAUGAAAUAUGGUAUCGAUAAAUCACUAAAUAUUAAUUUAGUGCAUAGAAUUUAUACAAGAGUGACGUGUUGUCAUUUGUUUUGUAGUAAUGAAGUUUUCAUGAUUACGAAUUUACUGAUCAAACGCGCAGCAAACAGACUAAUUUAUUAAAACCUUAACCUUUUACAUAGUUUCAUCGAUUAAUUUUGUCAUAUCGAAGGCCUUAAAGGUAUCUCCCGGCCAAAAUUAUAAUGUAGAACACGAGUCAAACUCGUUGUUAUUUGUGAUAUUUUUGUUUGUUAUAUUAUUCUCAGCAUCUUCUCUUGCAGUGUGAAAAUUGCAUCGGCACUUUAUUUAGUGAAUUUCAGUACACCAUGUACAGUUCAGGCGUUAAUUCUAAACCAUUUAUAAAUAUCAACUGUUGAAGUGAUGUUCAUCGUGUCCUUUAAGGUAGGUACCUGAAAUAUAUCGAAAAUAUUGAUUAAAGAAAAAUAUAUUUAUAACAAUAAAUAAAAAAUAAAAAUAUAUAUUAUCACUGCAAACAUUUUAAACCAUUUUAGUAACACAUUUUUAAAGUAUAGUUAUUUAUUUACGGAACAGUGUUUCUCAAACUAAUGUUAAUUUGCGUGAUUCUGUGAUUAUUUUUAAUUAGUUAGGUAUGUUGCUUCUAGUUAUACGGGACAGUGGUUCGUGUUUAUUGGAUGAAUGUAGGUAUUUGGUUGCUGGUCUAGUCUAGAAUAGUAUUUGAUAUGAAAUUUGCAAGUGCACUUAUAUAUAUUUUGUUAUAGUUACAAGAAUGAUCCGAAUGCCAUUUAGUGUCAUGCUCAUCCAAAGACCAAAAGUUUUUAUAAUAGGCAAGCUAGGGUAUAGACGUAUUGAGCAUGUAUUGUGGUACUCAUGUAAAUAAUUAAGUAAACUGUUUUAUGUAUGAUACAUACUAGCAAAGCCGAUAAAUUAAGGCAUUUAUCUAUGUUGACACUUCUUAAUGUGGGUAAUUUUAUUGUAUUAAAGGUUUGUUUUUGUUGGAAAAUCUCAUAAUCGUAGAGCCUAAUGACUUUUUGUUGAUUUUGUGUAGUUUUAAAAAAUGUUAAGUUUAAUUAUAAAUUGAGUAGUUUUACGGUUCCUAUUCUAUAAUAUAUUAAAUAAUACUGAGCUAAAGGGAAUAAUUUUAGGCCUUCGUAUGUACUAGUUGAAUGAUAAACGCAACGGUCGACCAUCUUAUGAAAAUGUUUUUGCCUUGAUAGACAAAGAGCCUUAUUUGAUAUUAAUAUUAGCUUUAAGGCAAAAAGGGGCCAGUAUUAUGGAAAUGGCUACAUUUAUAUAUAUGCAUAUGUAUUGAACAUUGAAUUUAAAUGAACUACUGUAAAAUGUUGACGUUUUUUAAAAUGCAACAUUGACCUGAAAAGCUUUAUUGUACUGAAAAGUAAACCCCGUAAAAGUAAAUAAGUGUAGUAUGUAUAUCCGAGUAAUGGUGCUGAAGAUCUGUUUUAUUUAGGCUACCAGUGGUAGGAACAGUAGGAGCCCUAACCAAUGACGUAGCGUGUUAGCUGGAUAUGUCUUAGAAGACUAUACUUACCAGUAAUUCACUAUAUUUCCUACGAAAUAAAUAUGUCACGCAUUCGUAAAAAAUACGUAAGAUAAAUUUCAUUUGAGCUUACAAUGCCAUCUGUCGACUUAUGAUCGAUCGAUAUAAAAUCCUUCUCAUAACAUUGUAUUUUAUUAUUUGUAUGAGCUGAAGUGGAGUUGGGUUAGGCCGAAAGUAACGCCAUCUACAUUGGACUUUAUUCAAACGCCUUGCUUCGAUAUAUUGUUACUUAUCUAUAAAGUUUUACUGAAAUUAAUGGAACAUGUGUAAUUAUUACUGGACGAUUCUAAAGGUAAACCUACUUAUCGUGUAUUCGAUUGUCAUAUUCCAUUUCGAAUUGUUUGGUGAGACACUUAAAGUAAUGAAAAAGAAACCUUUAGAAUUAGCCUGAAAGGAGAAAAGUACCAAUAUAGAAUAGAUGUUUAGUGAUAAUAAAUUUAUAAAUGUCUUUGAGAAACACUGGUCUAUGUUAGUCGUUAGUUAGGACUUAAUAAUAUAAGGCACCCAAAGUGUUUGUUUAGUUCCAAAGUCUAAUGUUGAAUGUUUUGUUAUAAAUGUGAGAACGCAUCCUAUUAUACUUUCACUGUAGUAAUAAAGUUUAUUCGUAUU